CCAUCCCCAGUUUCAUUUCUGGCUGGUCGGAGCAGCGGCGGACGCGGCGAUGGCGACGCUGGAGCCGGAGCUGAGCCUGGCGGGGCUGGAGGAGGAACUACCUGCUGCAUUCUGCCUCUUGCCUCUUAGCAGCCCCGUGACGGUGCCCUGCGGCCACAACUUCUGUGCCCCGCCUGCCUGGAGUCUGCAGCUUGGGCGGGCUUUUUGUCCCGAGGGGUUCAGCUGCCCCCCGUGCCGCGCCACCUUCGCGGUCCGCCCGAAGCUGAAGAAGAACACGGUGCUGUGCCGGGUGGUGGAGCAGCUCCAGGGCCGCGCUGGGGCCGGGGGUGAGGAGCAGGAGCAGGAGGAGGAGGACGGAGGGGCGGCGAAGUGCGAGGCGGAGGAGCCCCCCGUGUACUGCGACAGCUGCCGGGAGGCGCCGGCCGUGCAGACCUGCCUGACCUGCACCGCCUCCUUCUGCGCCGAGCACCUGCGGCCGCACCGCGACAGCCCCGCCUUCCGCGACCACCAGCUCUGCCCGCCCCUGAGAGACCUCCAGUACCGCAAGUGCCCCUCGCACAACCGGCUCUUCGAGUUCUUCUGCAGCAAUCACGGCAGCUGCAUCUGCUCCCUCUGCCUGCUCGGGCACAAGGUGUGCCACACCAGCCCCUUGGAGGAGGCUAAAGCCAAUGCCCAGGUGAUGCUGAAGAAGAAACUCAUGAUGCUGAAUAAUCAGAGUGAAAGAGCUGCUCAGGCAAUGAGCACUGUGAAAACCAACCAAAGCCAAUCUGCUGAGACAGCUUCCAGAAAGAAGGAUUUGAUCAGAAGUGAGUUUUCUGAAAUUAAAGCUAUAAUUGAAGAAAGAGAAAAUGAGAUCAUGAAAGCAAUUGCAGAUGAAGAAAAGAGAGUCUGGAACAAGUUUGAUUAUAUUUACAGUGUUCUGGGAAAGAAGAAGAAUGAAAUUCAGUCUCUCAGAGAUGAGAUUGAGACGGCACUGACUGAAAGCGAUGACGUUCUGUUUAUGAAGAGAGCAGUAGCACUGCAACGAACAUCACCAAAAGAGGCUUUCGUUCCUGUGGUUGAAAUGGACCAAAAUGUGAUGAAUUCCACUUAUAUGUUUGCCGUUAACCUCAGAGAAACACUGAAACUUGCAGCAGCGGUUCAGUAUAAGGAGAGAAAAGCAGAAGCCACACCUGGGAAAACUAUGGGCCCUCCAGUGGCUCCUAGAGACAAAACCCCUGUUGGAAGAAGGCCUCAUCAACUACGUGCUCCCUCACAGGAUCGUUCCCACAAAGAGAGAACCCUUUCCCACACCCCAGCCACUCCGCAGGAGAAGGCAAAUACCAAGGAGAAAAACAAACCUGCUAAAGUUGCACCAACCACAGCACCAAAAACUGCAACUGCUGCUGCUGCUGCUGCUGCAACUAAAGAGCUUAUUGUCAGCUUUCUGAAGAAAUCCAGAGAGGAGCUUCUGCAGUAUACUGCUCAAAUCACCCUGGAUUACAACACAGCUCAUAACAACGUGAUGCUGUCUGACAACUACACCAGGAUGUCCGUCUCAGACAACUUCAGGGGUUACCACCCCCACCCUCAGCGCUUCACCGACUUCCGCCAGGUCCUGGGGUUCCAGUGCUUCAAGAGGGGCAUCCACUACUGGGAGGUGGAGCUGCAGCAGAACAGCUUCUGUGGCAUCGGGGUGUGCUACGGCAGCAUGGCCCGGCACGGCCCCGAGAGCCGCCUGGGCAGGAACAGCAGCUCCUGGUGCGUCGAGUGGCUCAACAACAAAAUCUCGUCCUGGCACGACGACGUUGAAAAGUGCUUACCCAGCACAAAGGCCACCAGGAUUGGGGUGCUGCUCCACUGCAAGGGGGGCUUUGUGAUCUUCAUGGCAGUGGGGGAGAAGCACAACUUGAUCUACAAAUUCAAAGCCCAGUUCACCGAGGCCUUGUACCCUGCCUUCUGGCUGUUCUCCAGUGGCACUGUGCUCUCUCUCACUUAAAUGAAACAGCAGGGUCUCCUAUCUUAG